AUGGGUGUUAAAGACCUGUCGAAAGUGAUUGGCGAUCAUUCACCUGGCAGUUUACGACUUAAUGAAUUCAAAAGUUACUUUGGACGUAAGGUGGCAGUGGAUGCAUCCAUGUGUCUUUAUCAGUUUCUUAUUGCUGUGCGACAAGAUGGAUCACAAUUGCAGACAGAAACAGGCGAAACAACCAGUCAUCUUCUGGGAAUGUUUUACCGAACAAUUCGUAUGAUUGACAAUGGCAUCAAGCCUGUGUAUGUCUUUGAUGGUAAACCACCAAAAAUGAAAGCAAGUGAAUUGGAAAAACGUACUGAGCGAAGAGCUGAAGCAGAAAAGCAGCGAGACGAUGCAGCUGAGUUAGGUGAUGUAAAUUUAGUCAACAAGUUUGAUAGACGUCUUGUAAAGGUUUCUAAAGAACAGAAUGAGGAAGCAAAACGACUUAUAAAGUUAAUGGGAGUUCCAGUAGUAACUGCUCCUUGUGAGGCAGAAGCUCAGUGUGCUGCUCUUGCGAAAAGUGGAAAGGUUUUUGGCACUGUCUCCGAAGAUAUGGAUGCAUUGACUUUUGGUUCACCUAUUCUCUUACGUCAAAUGAUAGCAAGCGAAGCGAAAAAACUACCCGUGAAGGAACUGAAUUUAAAAAAAGUUUUAAAAGAUUUCGAAAUGAAUAUGGAGCAAUUCGUUGAUCUCUGCAUUCUGUUGGGUUGUGAUUACACAUCAACUAUACGUGGUAUUGGUCCGAAGAAAGCUUUUGAAAUGAUUUCAAAGCAUAAGUGCAUUGAGAAUGUUCUCAACAACAUCGAUCAAACGAAGUAUUCUGUACCUGAAAAUUGGCAAUACAAAGAAGCGCGAAGAUUAUUUUUAGAACCGGACGUAACAGACUGUGGAAACAUAGAAGUAACCUGGAAUGAACCCGAUGUCGAUGGAAUUGUGAAGUUCUUGUGCGGUGAGAAAAAUUUCAGUGAAGAUAGAGUGAGAAGUAGCCUAGCCAGAAUGCAGAAAGGACGUCAAGCUGGUCAACAGGCUCGUAUUGACUCGUUUUUCUCAAUCAAUAAAAUAGUUGUUUCUGAAGCAGUAAAAAGAAAACAAGAAGAGAAAAGUAAUCAAAAAAAACGAGGCCCUAAUUUAAGCAAAAAAAUCAAAAAAAAUCAUGGAUGA